AUGAGCGACAUCAUCACCGAACAGCAGCCGGACCUUUCACUCCUCCCUGGAUCCCCAGGUCAGAAGCGGAAGCGAGACCCAGGCAGCCCCGGCUCUCAGCGAUCAAAGCGCGUCGCUCCUCCCGCCAACAUGUCUGUGGCUCCAGGUGAUACGGCAGCCUACAUCGAGAGCGCCAUCCAGGCCACCGAAGCCCAUGCCGCCAAUGGGGGCAUGAAUGUGGCCGAUUUCAACGCCCUUCAGCAGGCUACCCAGGAGGGAAACGAAGUCUCAGAUCCUGCCUCAGCUACGAGCACAGCGCAGGCAGCGCUUGGCAUGUACCCGACACUCCACGUCCCUCCCUCAACAGAGGAGCAGUUCGCUGCCCAAACCACGGGCGAUACCGGCGAGCAUCAUCAUCACGAUGCAUCCGCAUUCAAUCCUCCCGAUGUUCCCCAGCCAGAUGGUCUGAUGGAUGAUCAUACUGUCCAUCAGCCCCAUCAGCCUCACCAGCCAGCACAGAAUGGGGUACAGCCUCCACCUGCGCCACGCUACGCGACCUCGCCAGCAACGUCAAAUCCAAAGCCGACGGUCGGAUCAGAAGAGUGGCAUAAGAUGCGCAAAGAUAACCACAAAGAAGUCGAGCGUCGACGGAGGGAGACCAUCAAUGAAGGUAUUAAUGAACUGGCCAAGAUCGUCCCAGGGUGCGAGAAGAACAAAGGUUCAAUCCUCCAACGAGCUGUGAACUUCAUCCAACUGCUCAAGGAAAACGAGCAGCAGAAUCUUGAAAAGUGGACACUCGAGAAGCUGCUUACGGAGCAAGCCAUCACCGAGUUAAGUACUUCGAACGACAAGUUGAAGCAGGAAUGCGAACGACUAUAUCGCGAGCUCGAGAUUUGGAAACGGGUGGCACAAAACGCGGGACUGGAGCCUCCGCAACCUAAGGAGGAGAUAGGUGAAGCCGCAGCGCCAAGUUAG